UAUAACACAGAAACCUAUUAUAAAACUGCUUUUGCAAUUUGCACAUGCAUUUGCAAUUACUUAAUUUAUAUAGUUAUUAUUGAUGUUGAAAACGGUCACUGUCAGCUGUUUUAAAGUCUUUUCACCAUUGUGUUACUCUUUAAAAGCUUCGAAAAUCUCUAAUUCAGUAAGAGUUAUGUCCAUUGCUACGAAUAUACCUCUUGUGGAUAUUGAUCCUACUGGAGUUUUUAAAUACAUAUUAUUGAAUGUAUACGAAAAAGAUAAAGAUGCCGCACAGCCUCAAGUGACGAUUGUAAGAGGCUACAAAAGGUGCAACUAUCAUUCUGAUAUUUAUGAUGAAGUGCAAGCAAAGCUCUCUGCAUUAGACUGUGAACCUUUAGGUGGAGGCAGAAUAUCUCAUGACCCAGAGAAUAAGAAAAUUCAUAUCUAUGGCUAUUCUCAGGGCUAUGGAAAAGCAGAUCACGAAGUCACAGCUAAACUAGUCAAAGAAGCAUACCCUGGUUACACAAUAACUAUAAGUGAUGAAGGGUACUGAAAAAAACUACUAAAUAUUAGAUACUAUUUGUUUUUACUUCAACUAAACAAAAAUAAUAGUUGGUUACUCUAAUAAAGUAUUUGUUUUUUCAUAAUAUAAUUGUAUUCUUUUCCAGCAAUCCAACAUGUACAUGUGAAAACUAAUUAAAACUGAGCAUGCCUGUUUCUUAUAAAAUAUUUUAUUUUAUAAUUUUGUAAACACUGUCAUACAU